UCGAACGGAACGGGCUUCGGAAGGUUUUUGUUUUUCACGGUUUCAAGAUGAUCUUACUCGUUAUUUGCCAUGCUUUUGUGUUCUUGGGCAUUUCCAGCGGUUACGAGCUACCUAAGCCAAUAGAUAAAUUCACCGGAUACAAAUAUCCUAAACCAUCGGUUACGUUUGAAGAUGGUUACGCCUACAAUACUCCAAGCUGUCCGUUAGCACCGCCCAAAACGCAGUAUAUUACAGUUUCGGUGACGGAAACUAGUAUCGCACAAAACUAUUUGCCUCCUGUUACCAGUGUUCAACUUCAGACGACCACCGAGUUCGUAACGCUACCUCGUUUGACGGAGUAUUCAACCCAAACGCAAUUUCACACACUGACCACAACCUUCACCGAUUUUUUAACCGCAACCACCACGGAAUACAGAAUUCAACCAACGACGGUGACAUCCUACGUGACAUCAACAUACUGUGCUCCGAAUACUUAUCUGCCACCGCCGCAACCGAUGAACACUUAUCUACCGAAUCGUCGUGCGGAUAUCGAGCUAACUACUCCGAAUCAACUGUACGAUAGUCCCGGUUAUGUUCAAACUUCGCCCAUCAAACGUAUGACUGAGGAUACGAACGAUGCAAACAGCGUGUACGAUUCACUGAAUCCAGUACAGGACCCGACAUUCGCGAGUAAUACCGACUUGCAACGGGUCCCAGCAACGACAGGUCAGCCUACACCGAGCAUCAACAUUAUUUACUUGGACAGUCGACACAACCCGAACGAACCCCCAUCCAGCAGCGGACCAUCGACGAAUCUCAUGAGUUGGAUCUUGUGUCGAUUUCAUCUUGUAAACAGUACAUGUGCCAACCAAAUCAUUCCUUAGCUAAGCUUAUCCUUGAUCCAAUAAAUCACUACAUUCUAUGA